UCGGCGGCAACGUCACCAAGUCACCAAUCGACCAUGUGGACGUUCGCCGUGUGCGCUUUGGCCUGCGGUCUGGCACGGGUGUCGGCGGCCGCCGCCGUCCGGGAAACAGAGUCCAAGUUCUGGUUGGAGAACGGGAAUCGGAUGUUGGAUAUGAGGUUCAAGAUGCAACUGCAGACGAACACGGCCAGGAACAUGAUCAUGUUCUUGGGGGACGGCAUGUCGUUGACCACGCUGACGGCCGCCAGGAUCUACCAAGGACAGCUGCGCAACGGUUCGGGCGAAAACGAGCGGCUGAGCUUCGAACGGUUCCCGUUCACGGGCAUCUCGAAGACGUACUGCGUCGAUUUCCAAGUGCCCGAUUCGGCUUGUACGUCCACGGCCUACCUGUGCGGUGUCAAGACCAACAAAGGUGCGAUCGGUGUGUCGUCUAAAGUAUCGUUAUUCGACUGCCCGGCGUCGGUGUCCGAAGACGCGAGAACGACGUCCAUCAUGCAAUGGGCCCAGUGGACCGGCAAAGCUACCGGUAUCGUAACCACGACUAGAGUAACGCACGCAUCGCCGGCCGGCGCAUAUGCCCACGUCGCACACAGGGACUGGGAAUCGGACAGUGACAUGCAGCGUAUUGGCCGGGGUAAAACGAACGUCACGCAGUGCGAGGACAUAGCGAGGCAGUUGAUCACUAGAGACCCCGGUCAAAAUUUUAAGGUCAUCUUGGGCGGCGGUCGUAGCAAAUUUCUUUUUAAAGAAAGCGACAACUCCACUGGUGAACGUUUGGACGAAAAUCUGAUCGACGUUUGGAAAAACAAUAAGCUGAAUCGGUUCCCCGGUCAAACGACCAAAUAUGUCACGAACAGGGAAGAACUAAUGAACGUGAACGCAUCGAAAGUCGACUACUUAUUAGGUCUGUUCCAUGACAGUCACAUGGAUUAUCGACUGAAAGCGGACGCGAACAAGCAGCCCACGUUGCAGGAGAUGACCAAGAAAGCCGUCGAGGUGCUGCAGAAGGAGCCGAACGGUUUCGUGUUGUUCGUGGAGGGCGGCCUCAUCGAUAAGGCUCACCACGAGACGUGGGCGAAAAUUGCCCUGGAUGAGACGGUCGAGUUCUCGAAAGCGGUCGCGGCGGCCGCGGAGAUGACCGACGAGGACGACACGUUGAUCGUGGUCACGUCGGACCACGCGCACACCAUGACCAUGGCCGGAUAUCCGGUGCGGGGCGAGAACAUACUCGGCUCGCCGCGUACACUAGCCGACGACAACAAGGCGUACACUACGCUGAGCUACGCGAACGGUCCGAAAGUCUCGUUCGAACUCGACAACAGCACGAACGCGUGUCGCAGACUGGACGUGACCAACGAAGAUAUCGCUAAAGUUGACUUCCAAUAUCCGAGUUUGGUGCAUUUGAACGCGGAGACUCACGGAGGAGACGACGUAAUGGUGUUCGCCAGGGGUCCUUGGGCUCAUUUGUUCACCGGCAACUUCGAACAGAAUGAAAUCCCUCUGGCCAUGGCGUUAGCAGCCAAUCUUCCCACUAAGCGUCCGGAGCGUGACUCUCAUUCGCUCAGCGGUGCAGUGUCCCGACUUCACUCCGUAGGACUCAUCUCGACAUCCGUGUUAGUAGGUCUUUUAGGGACUUUCCGAUUCGGAUUGUAGAUCUCAAAUCAUCAUCGCCAUUUUACCUCUCACUCGCGAUUUUCUAUUCAAAAUGUUUUAAAAUCAUCACAAAUAUGAUAACUUCAAAACCGACCCAUGUAUUAUUAUUGUUACUAUUACGGUUUAGAAAAAACAAUCAAGUCGUCAGUUAUGAUCACAUUUUAUGACUUAUCAUUAUAUUUAUUUAUAUUAUAAUAUCAUAUUUGUUAUUUUGUAUAGUUCUUCCAAGGUGGUCCUAUAUUAUUGUCCGAGAAGGAAAAUAAACAAAGUUUUUGGUCAUUUUAAA